CUGAAGCUUGACAUUUGAGCAUGGGGUCUCUGGCCGCUGUAUAUUCACAGAGUGGCUCAUGUCAAAAACGUGGCUCACACAAUAUGUGUUGCCCGUGGGGAAACGGCAAGAUCGUGGGAUAAUUAUGGGUUAUGUUUAUGAUUACUGACGUCUGUGUUAUUAUCCAAGUGUCUAAGUAUCUUUCUUGUUUUGUAAAUAACGCUAGCUGAAGCUAGCUUGUGUAACUUGGUGUAAACAUGAGUUCUGCUUCAAACCCUGGCGAUGUGACUGUCCCCGAGGCUGCACUGACCGGGAAGGCGGCCCCCUCCGUGUCUGUAGCCGGACACCUCCAGCAGGUUUUCAGUCAUGUGAAGGUGGGGAACUUGGUUGCAGGGCUCAGUGGUGGAGUGGUGUCAACUCUGGUUCUUCAUCCACUGGACUUGGUCAAAAUCAGAUUUGCAGUCAGUGAUGGCUUGGAGCUUAGACCAAAGUACAGUGGUAUCUUUCACUGUAUGAGGAGUGUGUGGAAGCAGGAGGGACUCAGAGGACUUUAUCAAGGUGUGACCCCUAAUGUCUGGGGUGCUGGAGCAUCCUGGGGUCUUUACUUCUUCUUCUACAAUGCAAUAAAAGGCUACACAAAAGAAGGACGUCAGACUGAGUUGAGCGCAACAGAGCACUUAGUAUCGGCAGCUGAAGCAGGUAUCCUGACUCUCACCAUAACCAAUCCUAUAUGGGUGACCAAAACUCGACUGGUGCUGCAGUACGAUGCAGGGUCAUCAGGGAAACAGUACAAGGGAAUGGUGGAUGCCCUGGUUAAGAUAUAUCGCCAUGAGGGACUCCCAGGGUUGUACAAGGGUUAUAUUCCUGGUUUGUUUGGUACCUCUCAUGGCGCACUACAGUUUAUGGCCUAUGAAGAGCUCAAAAGAGACUACAAUAAACACAGGAAGGCACCUUCAGAUGCUAAACUGAGUGCUUUGGAGUAUAUCACAAUGGCAGCAUUAUCCAAACUAUUUGCAGUGGCCACAACAUAUCCCUAUCAGGUGGUGCGUGCUAGGCUUCAGGACCAGCACAAUAAAUACAAUGGAGUUCUUGAUGUUGUGAGACGUACAUGGAGAAAUGAGGGCGCUUUUGGUUUCUACAAAGGAAUUGGUGCCAACUUGAUCAGAGUAACUCCAGCGUGUUGCAUCACCUUCGUAGUUUAUGAAAAUGUGUCUCGGCUGCUCAUCACUCAGUCUCAUUGAGGUUUUUACAGAAAACCAGAGCAGUAGCAACAGACUAUGAAUGCACAUUGUUACAACUAAGCUUUUCAUGCAUCUGGGUGGAACAAAAUGGACUGUGAAACAAAGAUGCUUCAUAACUGAUGAAACGUGUUCAAUACAUGCAAAUGUGCUGAUGUGGGAUCCUUUCAUUUGCACUGUAAGCCAAUGAGGAAGAUUGCUUGUGAUAUAACUGUUUGUAUUGUCAGUACAUUAUGAGAUGGAGUUUAGAAUUUUUUUCUAAAAUUCUAAAAUUUGUCAUUGCAUUUUAUAGCCAUGUUAACAUGGACAUAACUACUGUCAAGUUUAAAGAGUGAUGUACACUAUCAUUGGAAUAGUCUUAGCUUUUUUAUGGUUUUACUUAAAUUAUUGUUUUAAAGUACGAAGUGAUAUUCACAAUGGGGAGAGUUGAUUAUAUCCUAAACAGAGCUACAAGUGUUGUUUUGUUUAUGGAAAAUAAAAUAAAAAUUGAGAGUUGCUUAGACAACUGUAAAAUAGCAAAUUUGUUCACUCAUGUCAACAUUAUAUUUAAAUUACAUAGAUUUUUUUCAACUUUUUGUUGAUUUUGAAAAAAAAUAGGUAAAUAAUUGAAUGGAUUCCAAAAUGUACAAAAUUUUACUUUAUUCAUCAAUCUUUGAAAAAACAGCAACAAAAGUCUUCAAAUUAAAGUGUCACCAGAAACAGAGAAAA